AUCGAUAAUUUGAUUGUGAAAUGUAAAUAAUACUUAAGUAAUAUUGCUAUUGUUAUUACUAUUAGUGGCGAGAGAUAUAAAAAAAACUAUUUUUUUAGGAAAGAAGGGCUCAGAAAGUAUAAUAUUAUAAGACAAGUUAACAGUGAAAAAAGGAUAACACGUCUUAAAACUUAAGUUAAAUGGCGAAAGGCACGGAAGUUUUAACUAAUCAAUUUCACGGUGAACCAUUUACAUAUGACCCAGAAUUUAGAGGACCAAUCAAAAACAGAAGCUGCACUGAUAUUUUAUGCCUCUUCUUGUUCCUUGCUUUUAUUGCUGGUUGGGUUGUUGUUGCAGGGUUUGCAUAUAAGCAUGGAGAUCCCAGACAGCUGCUAUAUCCAACAGAUUCAGAAGGUAGAAUUUGUGGAAAAGGAGAAUUUGAAGACAAGCCUUACUUGUUUUUCUUUGAUCUAACUAAAUGCAUACGAGGCAUAUCUUCCGUUCUGCGAGGCUGCCCAACUCCACAGGUGUGUGUCAAGCGCUGUCCAAAUAGCACUUUUUCUACGUACCCUUAUAUUUAUAUUGAUGUGAUUUCCUUGAAGAAAACAGAUGAAAUCAAGAAGUUGAAGGAAAAAAUGAUUUGUAAAAAUGAAAGUUUAAAAAAUUCUCAGACCAUUGAAAGCCUGGUUAAAAGUGGAAAUUGUGCACCCUUCUACUUGAAGAGCAGUCCUUUGGGAGGAAGAUGCAUCCCAGAACUUUUCACUAAACUAGGAUCAGCUAUCAUUGAUGAUUUAUCAAAGGACAGUCUUAAAGAUGAAAAUGGAAACAACAUAACUACUUCAGUUGUGGAAAAAGCUGGAAAGGCACUAGCUUUGAUUCUAAAUGCAAGACAGGUUGGAGAAAGGAUUUUUCAAGAUUUCAGUAGAGUCUGGUGGAUCUUGAUUUUGCUUUUAUUAGCUUCAAUGGUUCUGUCAUUCAUUUGGAUUUUACUUAUGCGCUUAGUAGCAGGAGUGAUGGUUUGGUUAAGCAUAAUCUGUGUCACAGGAUUGCUGGGAUUUGGGUGCUAUUACAGUGUUAAAAAAUAUAUGUCUUUGGAAGACCAGCCUGGAUCUGAUGCUGCCUUCAGCUUUACCACAAAUCUUAAAUCAUACUUAGCUCUGAGAGACACUUGGUUGGCGUUUGCAAUUAUUUCUGGAGUGCUGCUUACCAUCUUAUUGUUGCUGUUGAUAUUUCUACGAAAACGUAUCUUAAUUGCCAUUGCUUUGAUCAAGGAAGGAAGCAGGGCUGUGGGCACAAUGAUGUCAUCACUGUUUUUUCCUAUCAUUCCAUACAUCUUUUUGUUUGCACUGUUUGUCUUUUGGGGCUCAGUUGCAAUGUACAUUGCUUCAGCUGGCCGACCAUCAUAUAGGAUUGCCUCAAAUGGUUCAACAGAGUUAGAUCUUAAAAUAGGUAACAAGUGUGAUCCUGAGAAUUUUGAUGAAACUGAGGAACAGAAUGGAGUAAUGUGCAUCUUUACUAGUUAUGAUGGGGAUCCAAAUUUAUUCCGAGCUCAGAUCUACAAUCUGUUUGGUCUCUUUUGGGGUAUGUUCUUUAUUGUGGGAGUUGGUCAGGUCUCAUUGGCUGGUGCUUUUGCAUCUUAUUACUGGUCUUUUAACAAGCCAAAAGAUGUUCCAUCAUUUGCUGUAGGACUGGGUUUCUGGAGGUGUACACGUUAUCAUCUUGGGUCUGUGGCCUUUGGAUCUCUUAUCAUUGCCAUUGUCCGAAUGAUUCGCGUCAUGCUGGAGUAUGUGGACCAUAAGCUGAAAAAAUAUGACAACAAAGUGGCUAAGUUUGCUCUGUGGUAAGUGAAACAUAACUUGAAAG